AUGGCGCGGGAAGACGACGAGGCCGCUGUCGAUACCUUCCUUCUGCGCAUUUCACCUGAUCCAGCUCCUGCUCCGGCUCCCGCGACAUUGGAAACGGCAGGGCACCGGGCGCCGCAGUCGACCAUGGCCGACGGCCCUGAUGUAGAAGUCGGUUCGGCGCGCGACAACCUUCCUCCUGAACAGUUGAGAAUGGCGGAGGGUUCUUUACCCACCGUCCAGUCGCCGACAAUGCCCAGCGUCCCAGGCGUCCAAGAUCACGACCCCGAGCAGGAUCUCGAGAGCCAGCGCCGAGCCCGGGCGGAGCGUCUCGCUGCCGAGGAACAGGAGGCUCUCGAGUCUGAAGAGCAGCUUGUCGCAGGAAGAGAGGCCUCGGCUGCUGAAGAGACCACCGCAGUGGACGAGGCGGAGGGAGUGGAGAAGCAGCAACCAAUGCCCGAAGCUGCGGAGGGUAAGCCCCAGCUUGAGAUGCCCGACGGCCUAGAAGGACUACGCCGACGCCGUCCCGACCCAGAGGUACACCCACCAGAUAGCGUCACGGACACCCCUCGUCCCCCACCAGAAAGCGUCCUGCAAGAAGCGAGGUCGGGUGAGGCAACGCCGGCGGGAGACGAACAGCAGUGCCGAAUCUGCUUCGGCGGGCGCGAGGAGGAGGCCGAAUUGGGUCGCCUGAUUUCGCCCUGUCUCUGCGCUGGAAGUAUGCGGUACGUGCAUGUUCAGUGUAUCAACCAGUGGCGUGGGACUGGGGUCAAUGCCAAGACCUUCUUGGAAUGUCCUCAAUGCCACCACCAAUACGCGAUCCGGCGGACUCUCGCAUCCGGGCUCGCAACAUCCAAGACGAUCCUCUACCUCCUCACCACCGUCCUCUUCCUCCUCAUCACCUUCAUCUGUGGGCACGUCCUAUUGCGCUACCUAGUGGCUGCAGCCCAAGUCGCGGCCGAGGCCGAUAAGGCGGCCGAGUCGGCAAAGACGGGCGCAAAGGCAAAGACUGGCGGCAUGACACGGCACGGCGAUGUAUGGGAGAACGAGGACGGGAGUGUGAUCAUCGCAGCACCCGGCCUGACUCUGGUGUACGAUGUCAUUGUCGAGGCGGUUGACAUCUUCCUGGGCCUCGCGGCAGCGGCGUACGACAUGUGGCCUCGGGACGGGCGCAGCUUUCACACCCGCGCGUCUCGCCUAGCAUUGGCAGCGACAAUUCGCCUCAUCCUAGGCCUGAGUGUUCUGGGUUCACUCUCCUUCCUCUCACUCCUAGCUUCACUUUCGCUCUUCGCGCCCCUUCAACUGGUCUACACAAUCUUUGGGACGGGGGUGUUUCGGGGACCAUUGGAGAAUAUCCGCCGUCGCGCUCCCAACAUAGGCGGUAUCCUCGUUAUCCUCGCCGUCGCGAUUGGUGUAGUCAACUCCAUCGUGAGCGUGUACGACGUCGUUCGCGCAAUUGCACGCAAGCUCCUCACAUAUGUCGAGACGCAGAUCCUCGAGGUCAACCCCGAGCAGGCGCGACUCGCUCGUGAAGCCGCGGCCCGCCAACCGCACUGGUUCGAUACGUGGGUUGCGGAACGGAGGUGGCGCCGCAUCAGGGGAUGGUAUGAGGUGUGGGUGCGCCUGUGGGAGUGGAUGAAAGAAGCGUGGCAGGCUGGUAUGGCGUCGCUCAAGGCCAGCGUUGAGGCGCGGGUGAACGCUGCUGAGCGUGCGAGGGAGGUGGAAGGGGAGGCCGCCAACUCGCAGGGCAUCCAGACGCUCCUCGAGGCCGAGAAGGAGGCAAGCAAGGUCGUGACCAAGGCUCGCCAAUACCGCGUACAGAAGCUCAAGGACGCGCGGACGGAGGCUGCCAAGGAGAUUGCCGAGUACAAGGCUCAGAAGGAGGCCGACUUCAAGAAGUUUGAGUCCGAGCACACGUCGCACAAGUCGACGUCGCAGUCGACGAUCGACGAGUCGACCAAGAAGCAGCUCGCCGAAGUCGAAUCGUCGAUGCAGAAGAACCGCGGCGCCGCGCUCACGAAGAUUGUCGACCGCGUCCUCACCGUCGAGCCCAAGCUCCACCCCAACCUCAAAAAGGUCGAGGCGUAG